CCUAUUAAUGAGGGAUUCUUAUGCGAUCACGAAUAACAAGUCUCUCUCUAGGCUUUUGCAACUCUCUCUCUCUACCAUUCUCUAUCUCCAUUGAUUAAAAUUGCAGUUCAAUCGGACUUGUGACUUUUGGAAGAUUAGCAUCGAUCGGUUGUUGUUUUCCGAUGGCUUCUGAGCCAUCUUCUCCUAUGAGACGCUUGCUUUCAUCCACAGCGGAUCUAGGGUUUCGAGAAUUGAUGAUGUACCUGGGGCAAUAGAGUGAUCCUUCGUCGCACCGGCAAGCCUAAUCUCACCUUUUGAUCGGGGUUUCUCAGUGGCCUGGUUCAUAUUCCCUUUCUGGUGCCCUAUUAUUUUAUUUCUUCUCAUAUCUUUGAGAGAUAAAAUAAGAUUGGAUAUUCUGCGAAACCAUUCUCUUCACCCGAAAAAUCUUGCCUUUUGAUUUGGAUUACUCAGUGCUCUGUAGCAUUUUUCUCUCUCAUUAUGUUUUUUAUAGUCAUGAAGAGAGAAGGCUACCUUUGAAAUUGUAAAAGGAAAAUGGAAGCAGAUUGGAAGUUAUACUAAUUUCUUCGUACCCAUAAACAUUCUGGCCUUUUGCUUGGGAUUACCCAGUGGCCUAUACCUUUCUGUCUCUUCAGUAAGAAGAAUAAGAAGAAGACCUUUGAAAGGGAGAAAGAAGGUUUGAAGUCAUGCAAAACUACUUUCUACCUCCAAACAAUAUUGCUUUUUGAUUGGGAUACUCAGUGAUCUGGUUCAUAAACUCUUCCUGAUACUCAGAAAAUUUUCUCUCUCUGCAUGGCAAUGAGAGAAAGAGGGUUGGAAGUUAUGAGAAACAGGUCUCCUCCCCCAAAAAUUAGGGAUCAGAGACCUGAUUGGUACCCUGAACUUGAUUCAAGGAGGCACGAUGAUACACGUCACCCUGAUACUCGUUCACGACGAAGCCUCAGCCCAGAUAGAGGAAAUGGUAGAAGGAUUAUGGGUGUCAAACGAAGGAACCCAUCCCUUGAAAGGCGUGAAUUUAAGAGGAUUUUGGAUGACAAAAGGGGAGUUCUUAGGCCUCAUUCUCCUUUUGAUUCGAAAAGGCCAUUGGGCCGAGACAUCGACGAAAGGCCUCAUUUCGAUGAAGGUUUUUUUAUGAGAGACUCACCAUCUCGUGAUUUUCGAUGCAAUUACCUUCUCUCCGAGCCCUCAGCGGUGGGUCCCGAAUCGAAACGAGUUGGAAGAGCAGCAAUGGCAUCGGUUAAGAAUAGAGAUAAGGAAUUUCAGGGAGGUCCUGAAAAUGGUUCUGCUCUUGAUGGUAAAGCCAUGCUAGUUCAGAAGUCCAUUACGUUAGAUGGCACAAUUCGUCCUUUCUUUACCUUACCACCAGAAAAUUUCCUGCCUCAGGGGCCAAAUUCAAGUAGAAUUGGUGGCUUUCCAUCGAGUGGUAACUUGGGUUCCAAUCAGGAUCUUCGAUAUCGUGACGUGGUGAAUGCCCGUGCUAACAAGUUACCGAUGAGAGAUCCUUACGAAGGAGAAGAGAAGCGAACGUAUUUUCGAAGAGAUGAACACCCUUAUCUACCUCCUCAAUCUAAAGCCCUUGGUAGCACAUCAUCGAGUCUUUCGAAGGACCACUUCUAUGGUUCUGUACGAGAGCCUCCAUCCAGUGGUUAUGGAAGGAGCAGCAAGUUCCCUGACCCCUUAAGUUGUGAACGAAGAGGAUCAAGCGAUGUUUUUGACGACCCCAAUUUAAUGGGUUCCAAGGAUUUGCGAAAGUACCCAAAGGGACCUCCUCUUAGCCCUCCACCAAGAGACAAAGCUCUAGAUUAUGGUUUUUCAGAACUUGGAAGGGGAGAGAGAUUAGGCUCUGGCUUAUCUGGUGGUGUUUUUUAUGGUAAGAUACAUGCAAGCUCUCGUGGUGAUUAUGGUCACAGGGAACCAUUUGGCCAGCACUUUGUGAACCCUAUCUCAGAGAGGUUGGAUGAUGUUGGGGCUUCUCGUAGGAGCUUGAGAGAAAAUGCUCUUGGAGACCCCCCAUUACCCAGUGAUGCUAUGGAGCUUAUCAUUUCUGGAAACACGCACCAUCCUGACUAUGGGAUGCAGCCAUCUCGGGAUUUCUCAAUUAGUCUCCCAAGAGAUGACUAUUCUUGUAGAAGAGAGCCAGCUCCUUUGAGUUAUAGAGAAGGCUUAAAGAGUUCUUCAGUGUCUGAAAUUGAAAAAGAUGUCUACAGACCCGGCUUGAGUGCACAAAGGAAGUUGCAUGAGGAGGAUUUGAGUAUGGAUGUACCACGUGAAAGAUUGAUUAAGAGGAAAUUUGUGGUUGAUGAGAUGAGUGGGGAGCCACAUCUCAUGAGAGGUGAGUUUUCUAGUGAGCGUGGUAUUGCUAGAAGGACCCAUGAAUUUGACGUUGAAGAUAGGGAUGACAAAUGGAUUGAUAGAGCUCAAGGUGGGUUAUCGAUAUCUAAAUCUCUAAAUAUUGAUCACCCUCAGUAUCGCACAUCGAGGUCGUUUAAUGAGGUUGCUUCAAAUAGGGUUUCUGGCCUGUGGCUACCUCGAGAGAAUGAGACUGAACAGGCCAAAGGGGCUGUCUUAGACCGCCUCUCUUAUGGAAGAAAUUUCUCCUUUAAGAGGCGGUCGAGGCUUAGUCCACAAGAUUUCGACCCCUCUUCUCGUUUUAACGAUAGUCAUGAUCAUAAGAGGCUAUUCAAAUUUAGAAAGAGCUAUCAAGAAGAUGAUAGGCAUGAAGGAGGGUUGAGCUUGCAAGAUGAGGAGCAGCGAGAUGACGAUAUGACACCCCAAAUAAAGCCUGAACCACCAGAGCACUCGGAGGAGUUCAAGCAGCUGGUUCAUAGGGCCUUCCUGAGGUUUUCGAAAGAAUUGAAUGAGAAUCCAGGACAAAGAAAAAGAUACAAAGAGCAAGGGAAGGCUGGUAGCGUACGAUGCAUCGUAUGUGACAGCCUCUCGAAGGAGUUCUCAGACACGCACAACUUGGUGAUGCACACAUACAAUUCUCAAAAGGUCGGGUUAAAAACCGACCAUUUGGGGUUGCACCGAGCUAUUUGUGUUCUCAUGGGGUGGAACAGUCUUGUGCCACCAGACACUGCUAGGGCUUACCAGAAUCUUACAAAUGCAGAAGCUUCAGCCCAAAAAGAAGAUCUAAUUGUGUGGCCACCAGUAGUCGUGAUCCAUAACAAAUCCAUUGUAAUAAACAAGAAUGCAGAAGGCCAGGUGGUUGUAUCAGUUGAUCGCAUGGAGGAGAUACUCAGAGAGAUGAGUUUCAAUACAGGUAAAGUGAAGGUGUGGAAGGGGAAGCAUUUGAGCCUUAGCAUUCUUCUCGUCAAAUUUCCAGGCACCUUCUCUGGUUUACAAGAUGCCGAGAGGCUUCACAAGCAUUACUUCGACAAAGGGAGAGGAAGAAAGGAGUGGCAAAACCACCUAAAAUUUAAGGCUGAGCCUUCCAAGACUAGUGAUUCAUCGGAAAAAGAAGAUUCGUCUUUGCUCUAUGGAUACAUUGGUUUGGCUGGUGACAUUGACAAAUUCGACAUUGGUACCAAGAAGAGAUGUGUUGUCAAGAGCAUGAAAGACAUUAAAGCCAUUGCUGAUGCCCCUCUCAAAACCAGAGAGUAAUGGGCAAAUUGGGUAAGUGAAACUAGGCCAGACAGCUGAGAACACAAUUUUAAUCUAUGUUGGUUUCGGGGUAAAUGUGAUAAGAUUAUGCGUCGUGAUGAUGCUGUUUGGUCUUUUGAAUUGAUAACUUCGAUUACCUUUUCCAAUGUUGAUGCUGCGGUAUAUGUUCGUAUCU